AUGGUGGUGUAUGCGUCUGCUCAUGAUUCAGGUUCGAUAUCUGUUGCCCCAGAAAAUAUAACUGUUACAUUUUUAAAUCCAACGUCGGUAAAAAUAUCGUGGCAAACAUCGGUAGAUCAGCAUGCAAUACCAGUGGACAAAUAUGAUGUUACGUACAAACCUACCGAUGCUAGUUACAGAGUCGUUGCUGUUGUGGCAGGAAACUCUGAGGCGGUUACUUUGUUUGGUUUAUCACCAGACACACAGUACCAACUUACGGUUACAGCCGUUUGGAGUGGAAAGAAAUACCGUAGUCGACCGAUCGUCUUUAGAACACUGGAGCCGCCACGAAGUUCACCUCAACAAGAUCCAGGAGCUUUGGAAAGUGGCAAUGGGCCUCCCGCACCACCAGUAUUUGAUACUGGAAAUACUAUCACAUACCCUGACGAGUACAGUAAUGUAGCAGCGGAUAAUUCAACCGUACGCGAACUUCCAACGGUCCGAGGCGUCGAAGUAGGUAUUGUAGUUGUAGUAUUACUCGUAUGGGCUGGAGCGAUAGCGUUAUUUUUUAAUCGUUGGGGUAAAAUACGAAUGUUACUUCCAUAUCAGCCGGACUAUAAACAAGAACAAUUAAAAGUUCCCGGCACUGGCGUUUGUUCUGCUGGCACAUGCAAUGGUCAACAUUCACAUCAGUGUUUGCCAAGGUGUGAAGGAUGUGGAUUUCUUGAUCGUUGUUUUAAUUGUCCACGACGUGCACAGGAUCGUGAUUGUGGUUGUCAAUUCGCAUUGCUUCAUCGAGUUGAGAAUGAAGCGAGCUAGCAUAUCGAGGACGGUACCUCACCAUAUCCAGGUAUUCGUCGUCAAAGUAGUCGUAGAUAUCGCCAACAGCCAUCGAUUAUUGAACAACACGAACAAGACGAUGAACAGCCUAAUGAAUGUGUGGGGAACCAAGAGCGCGAAAGCGACCAAGUACACGACGAGCAAGCACAAGAACAAGAACAUGAAGAUGAUGAUUCCUUUGAACUUACAGUAAGUUUUUUUGCCCACUCAUAUUGAGAGAGCAAAAAUUACAGAAAAAACUAUCAAUCGACUGAAUGAAAGCAAACAAAACAUCCAACUGCACCCAAAAUGCACUCAACAUUGCUUCUACUUUUCAUGUUCAUUCCAAAUAUAAGAAACGAAAAGUGUCAUGUUUUAAUCCAUCAUAAGCGUAAUAUC